GAGGCCCACUCAGUUCCAGGCCCAGUGCAGCAACCAGGGUCGCCCGAUUGCGUAUGGAACCCUCUCAAUUGCUUAGCAACCACACCCUUCAUUUAACGACCACUUGAGUUUCAAUCAAAUCGAAUACGCUUUAAUGGCUCGCCACUUCUUCUGUAAAGAGCUUUCGAAAGUAUUUUCCGUCCCCCAGUGAAGAUUCCUGGUCACCCUGGUCGACCUCGGGGGUCCCAGUGUGGUCCACGGAACACAUUUCCCUUCUCAGUUGAGGAUCUCGGGCCUAGGAGUGAACAAAACUGGAAAAGAUAGACUCAAUCUAGGAGAGCAAGGAAGAAAUAGAGAGGAGCAAUACACACACAAUCGGAAAGAACUCUUGAGGAUGGGAGGCCGCCGAGUAAUUGUUGAAUACGUCUUGCCAGAGGUCGAGGGGAUAACUUUUCGGCUCAAGAUCGAGAGUGGUGGAGAGCAUGAGCAAGUUUGAUGGUCAAACACCCUAACUUAAGGGAAAGUUUGGCGCCCGAUGGAACAAGACUUCAUCUGUGGAUCAUCAUCACCGCCACCCUCAAACUAGGACCACAUCCCCUUUCUCAUCUCAAUCCCACAAUACCGUAGAAGUGCGGCCACAGACCCACAACUGAAGAAACCCACAGUCGACGGCCUUGACGUGAUCGUGAAACUAAACGGCCAUCAUUAACGAGAACCGCCGGUACAACGAGCAAUUGAGUGCUACUUGCUAAUGGGUGUGAAACAUACGAAAUCCAAGGAUCUCCUGGAUGGCUCCGAGUGGUUAAGAUCGGUUGUGCAACAUUACCAGAAACGCAGACAUGGUGUGGCGGGAUUCGAGUCGUUUGCCAUCGAGCCCGUGGUGACACGGCCUCAACUCCAGAGCCCGUGUGUCAAACGGAGGACGGCCGCCAAGAAUGACAUUGUGGAGUCCAGUGAAAACGGCCAUAAACAUGGAUCUGGUCAGAGGUCGAGACCUGGCGAUCCAGACGACGAUCACGACGACAAGAAUGAAGAGAACGGCAAGCAUGAAGAAGAUGGGGUUGGCGGAUCGGCGGUCUCGAAUUCCUACCAUGCCAAGGAUGUGUCUUCUGUCUCAUCGGGGGUCCGUCACAUGAGGGUUUCUAUAUCUUUUCGAAACGGCAAAAAUCAGUCCCAGAAGGUUAAUUGGAUUGUCAAAUCAGCCCAAGGGAGUAUCGAGGCCGUGGAUGCACUCUUGCAUGAAAUUAAAGUAUACACAACCUUGCUGGGUGACGUUCACAAAUUCUUGAACUCCCACAAGAACGUUCGAGCGAGAUACCUUCUGAACAUUCCGGACUAUGUGUUCCAAGAGCGGCGUUACGAAGGGGGACGGGUGACCCGAUGUCAUUUGGUCCUCGAGGACAUAUCCCAAACCAAACGAUGCUCCCCGAUCGAGAACCUUCAAUGGCAGCAGGGACUGACCAUGGGACAAUUCAAGGUAUUUCUCGGGACUCUGGCCCAAUUCCACGCCGUGGGUGUGGCUUGGAACUUGGCCACUAAGGACGACUCCACCUUGGAUAACUAUCCUUUCCUGCAUUACGAUCACAUCAACUCCAUCUCCCCUGCGGAACGAGAACGACUUUUUCGCAUGUACGAGCGACUCCUGAAGUGGAAGGAGUCUCAAAACACGCACAAGUCUCAAAAGUAUUCCUUCAAAAGACGGCUGAAGUUGUUCCACGAGCUCCGCCAUUCAUCCAAUGAUCUCUUGGCCAUCAACUUACAAAAAGACAUGUGUGACCCUCUAGGAGGUUUGUGCCUUGGGAACGUCUUACCCUACGAAGUCAUGUUCCAAUAUCAUAAGCCGGUCUCAUCCAUUUUCGAGUUUUCCAAACCCACUGAUCUCCUCGCCAAUGCUGCCAGUGGUGGUGCUCACAGCACGGGACCCACGGCGCCCGUGAGUGCCACGGUCUCAUACGACGAGAACGGGCCCAUUUGUGCGGCUGUCAACACGUGCCAUCGAGUUUAUUUUGGAAAUCUGGCCCGAGAACUGGCGAACCUGGUGUUCACAGCGGCGAAUCCCAAUGUGAGACGGGAUUAUCUCAUUUUUAUGCUCCAGAGCUAUGCGUUCGUUUUGACCAGUACGUUGGAUCUAUUGGAUGUGGCCUGGUCCAAGCACUUCAAGAUGUCAUUCCCUCAAUUUGUCAGAAGAUUUUAUGAUUUUGUGCCCCAGGCUCUCCUGCAAUCCAUCCUCAUUCACAUGCAACUCACGAACUCUGCCGAACUGGAUCACUUAAUCUUUGGAAAGGGGAAAAGUCCGCGGAAUUCCGCCGGAAAUUCCGGAAGUGGAAACUUGCCAACAUCAGCUGACACUAAUAAGAGCGGGAGCGGGAAACUUGAAAAUUCGGCCAAACUGGAGGAAUGUGUUCCCUUGACAACGGAGAGGAUCGAGUUUCUGAUUAGACUCACGGAUUUGGUGCAUAAACCCAUUUAGAGGGUAUUAGCCUUGGUCCACCAGCAAGAAGGAAUUCGUUGCUUAAAAAUGGGAGGAGAGAGAGAAAAGUUCGCCCUUCCCCAUUAACCCUUCGCCUGGAUUUGAUUGUCAGUCAGAAUGGUGCUUCAAAAUUGAUUAUUGUGCACUAUUCCUUCUUUUGGACAGGUUUUAAGGGAGAGCUCCAGAAGAACCCAAACUGGAGAAGAUGUGCUUAUUUCGUCGAUGACACAAAGAUAAAUCUCCUUAUUUGUACUAUUGUAUCUGCCCCUUUGUUGUUACAGCUGUUCCUUUGCCAGGCCAAAUUUGCGCGACGAUCUCAAAAUAGACGGAAUAAAGCGACUCCCUGAUCGAACUGACACGA